AUGAGCGCGCCGCGGGACAUCGGCACCUUCGUGGUGUGGGACUAUGUGGUGUUCGCCGGGAUGCUGCUCAUCUCGGCCGCCAUCGGCAUCUACUAUGCCUUCGUGGGGCGCCGCGGCGAGCAGACCUCCAAGGAGUUCCUGAUGGGCGGCCGCAGGAUGACCGCCGUGCCUGUGGCUCUGUCCCUCACCGCCAGCUUCAUGUCGGCCGUCACCGUCCUGGGCACCCCAUCCGAGGUCUACCGCUUUGGGGCCAUAUUCAGCAUCUUUGCCAUCACCUAUUUCUUUGUGGUCCUCAUCAGCGCGGAGAUCUUCCUCCCGGUGUUCUACAAACUGGGGAUCACCAGCACCUAUGAGUAUUUGGAACUUCGAUUUAACAAAUAUGUUCGUCUGUGUGGAACCAUACUCUUCAUUGUUCAAACAAUUCUAUAUACUGGAAUUGUUAUUUAUGCCCCUGCCCUGGCUUUGAAUCAAGUCACAGGAUUUGAUCUGUGGGGCGCAGUAGUAGCCACAGGGGUGGUCUGCACAUUCUACUGCACUUUGGGUGGGCUUAAAGCAGUUAUCUGGACGGAUGUUUUUCAAGUUGGUAUCAUGGUGGCUGGAUUUGCAUCUGUAAUUAUACAAGCUGUUGUGGUUCAAGGUGGAAUUGGCAAUAUUCUGAAUGAUGCCUAUAAUGGUGGAAGAUUAAACUUCUGGAAUUUUGAUCCUAACCCUUUGCAAAGACAUACAUUCUGGACAAUUAUUAUAGGAGGGACCUUCACGUGGACCAGCAUUUAUGGUGUCAACCAAUCCCAAGUGCAGAGAUAUAUUUCCUGUAAAAGCAGGUUCCAGGCAAAAAUGUCUCUCUACAUCAACCUUCUGGGACUCUGGGCAAUCCUUACCUGUUCAGUGUUUUGCGGACUUGCUCUGUAUUCCAGAUACCAUGACUGUGAUCCUUGGACAGACAAAAAAGUGUCUGCACCUGACCAGCUCAUGCCUUAUUUGGUACUGGACAUUCUACAAGAUUUCCCAGGACUUCCUGGCCUUUUUGUGGCCUGUGCUUACAGUGGUACUCUAAGCACAGUGUCCUCCAGUAUCAACGCCUUAGCAGCAGUGACUGUGGAAGAUCUGGUCAAGCCUCACUUCAGAUCACUCUCAGAAAAGUCUCUUUCUUGGAUUUCCCAAGGGCUGAGUGUGCUGUUUGGAGCCCUGUGUAUUGGCAUGGCUGCCCUGGCAUCACUGAUGGGAGCUUUGUUGCAGGCAGCUCUCAGCAUAUUUGGCAUGGUUGGUGGACCACUUAUGGGCUUGUUUUCUCUGGGAAUUUUGGUUCCUUUUGCCAACUCAAUUGGAGCACUUGUUGGUUUGAUGACUGGAUUUGCUAUUUCUUUGUGGGUUGGAAUUGGAGCUCAAAUUUAUCCUCCACUCGAUGAGAGAACAAUGCCACUAAGCCUUGAAACCUAUGGCUGUAACAACACAUUUAACGGAACAGAUUCAAUGACCACAGUGAUGCCAUUUCCUACUAGUACUGGAAUACAUGACACUGGAAGGACCCCACUGAUGGAUAACUGGUAUUCUCUAUCAUAUCUGUACUUCAGCACUCUUGGGACUUUGAUAACAAUAUUUGUGGGAAUGCUUGUCAGUUUACCAACAGGUGGAAGAAAACAAAACUUAGACAAAAAAUUUCUACUAACCAAAGAGGACUUUUUAUCCAAUUUUGACUUUAAGAAAAAGAACCAGGUUUUAAGCUAUAAAUCUCACCCAGUAGAAGAUGGUGGAACUGAUAAUCCUGCCUUCAACCAUACUGAAGUGAUCCCGACAGAUCAAAGUGGCAAGGACAAGGAGACUCAUUUUUGAAGCAGCUCUGACACUAGAUGAUCAUAACCACAUCUCAGAUCUGCAUGUUUUC